GCCCGGUCCGACUCCUGCGGCGCGCAGCGGUGCGCGGGACGGCGCGCCUUGGCUGGGGCCCCUCUGGCGAAGGGCUCCUUCGGGAUGGGCUCGAGUGAGCUGCUGGCGUCGGGUUAGGCUUAUAUUCCUGCUGGACUAACGCCUCUGGGGUUGGCCUGGACUAAGUGAUGGGCACUUGUUUGAUUAAGGGACACUAACAGUACUUACUUAGAGUCUGUCCUGAUUUAUUCCCCCCCCUCCUCUGUGAAUUCUCUUUGGAUUGAUUUAUACGGAUUAAGGCAGUGGAAAAAGUCCUUGUUAAAAAAUGGUUGCCACCUCGCUCUCCUGACUUCCUCAGUCCUUCGGACGAAGAGCCUGCUGAAGUCCGAUGGGAGCAGUGUUGAUGUGUCCAUAGUAUUUACAAAGGAGCAAAUAUCAGCAUGACUAGAGUCUGAGGAAGGGCUUCUUUGUUCCUACCAGGAGUUUGCGGGUGCAGAGGAACAGCACAAGCACAGCAGGGACACUUUAAGCUACCAUGGAUACCUCCACCGAUUUGGUGCCGUCCUCCAUGAUGUCCCAGCCUGAGGUGAUUGAGUCCACAGCCAUGAGCGAACCACAGUGCUACUACAAUGAAACCAUUGCCUUCUUUUAUAACCGAAGUGGAAAAUAUCUAGCCACUGAAUGGAACACUGUCAGCAAGCUUGUAAUGGGACUGGGGAUUACCGUCUGCAUCUUCAUAAUGCUGGCCAACCUCUUGGUAAUGGUGGCUAUUUAUGUCAACCGCCGAUUCCACUUUCCUAUUUAUUACUUAAUGGCAAACUUAGCCGCUGCGGACUUUUUUGCAGGGCUGGCCUACUUUUACUUAAUGUUCAACACAGGACCCAACACUAGAAGAUUGACUGUAAGCACCUGGCUUCUCCGUCAGGGUCUCAUUGAUACUAGCCUGACAGCUUCUGUAGCCAAUUUGUUGGCCAUUGCUAUUGAGCGGCAUAUUACAGUUUUCCGAAUGCAGCUGCACACUCGGAUGAGCAACCGGCGAGUGGUCGUCGUAAUUGUUGUUAUCUGGACUAUGGCCAUCGUCAUGGGUGCCAUACCCAGUGUCGGAUGGAACUGUAUUUGUGAUAUCACUCACUGCUCCAACAUGGCACCACUCUAUAGUGACUCCUACCUGGUCUUCUGGGCUAUUUUCAACCUGGUCACUUUUGUGGUCAUGGUGGUCCUAUAUGCUCAUAUCUUUGGGUAUGUUCGCCAAAGGACUAUGAGAAUGUCCAGACACAGUUCUGGACCCCGCAGAAAUCGGGACACCAUGAUGAGCCUCCUGAAGACUGUGGUCAUUGUGCUUGGUGCUUUCAUAAUCUGCUGGACCCCAGGAUUAGUCUUGCUGCUCCUUGAUGUUUGCUGUCCCCAGUGCAACGUCCUGGCCUAUGAAAAAUUCUUCCUGCUCCUGGCAGAGUUCAACUCUGCGAUGAACCCCAUCAUCUAUUCCUACCGGGACAAGGAAAUGAGCGCAACCUUCAAGCAGAUCCUCUGCUGCCAGCGGAGUGAGAGCGCCAAUGGCCCCACCGAAGGCUCAGAUCGGUCGGCAUCCUCGCUCAACCACACUAUCUUGGCUGGUGUCCACAGCAACGACCACUCUGUGGUGUAAAACCACAGCCAGCCACGUGACCAACAAAGAGCAGCAGGCUACGCCACAGGGCGGGGUGGGUGCACGGGCCCAGGGAAGGUAACCCACUCACAACGUUUUCUUAAACACUAAUGGACUACAAGUGCAUCUUUUCCAGGGAGCCUGGCACACCAGUGCAGACCACCCCAUCCACAGGACUGGCCAGGAUGCAAGGCCUUUGAUUUCUACUUUAAAAAGGUAGAAGGUAGAUGCCUUGAGGCGGAGGUCAUCGGUAGCCCGUGGAAAGCUUCACUGAGACUUUGUUGGACUUCGCUGCAUCUUGGUGCCAGUCUGAAUCAACUCUGAUUAAUUAAGCUUAUAACUGCUUCACUGCAUUUACACGUAGCCACUUAGUAUUUUUAAAAAGGGAGUAAAGGGGAUAAAAGUAUGCCUAUCAUUUAAUAGACAUGUAAUAUGUAUCACCAUCAGCAUGCUUGUGAUGAACGUUUUCUGUGCAGGGAGUAAAACUGUGCUCUAGUCUUUGUAUACUUAGCCACACUGCCAUAACUACAGUAAAAACAAAAGUAUUUUUUUCUAACACAGGCAACAGGAAGAUGAUGGAAACUGACUCUUCUUACCUUCAUUACUGGCGUUAGAGAAUGCAUGUUCUGUGUGUAUGCAGAUUGUUUUAAUUAUGAAAAAAAAAGCUCUUUGUAAAGUCUGCAGGAAAGUAGAAAAGCAUAGACUGUAUUCCAAUGUUUGUUUAGAUUAUGAAAUAAACAGUACUUUAGUCACAAUGUAUAUAAGGUUCUUCUUUGAAGUGCAGUAUGAAAUGUGUAACAUGUGAGGGGUACCAAGUUUUUUAUGGACAAGUUCUUAAGGUAGAACACAUCCCUAGGGCUCUUAAAGGGCUACAAUCAGGUUGGUAGAUUAAAAAAAAUGUAUUUAUGGCAUUGGAAUGUUUUUCUUGUUUAUGGCAAAAAACAUAGGCAUUUUUAAUGUGAAAAAAGUGUAAGUUUUUAUGGAACUUUUCUUAUAAUUGAAAACAAAACACCUUUUGCAUUUUUACACUGAGAAAUAUUUGUAGGGUAUCUUUUAAAUUGUUAUACCCUUCACUUCAAAAACAGUGAGCUACUAAGAACCGAGGUACAAUUUUAUUUUGUGAAGUCAAGACUUUGCAACAUAGUCAUCUAUUACAAAUGACUGGACCAUGCUUCAGAUAAUAGGCACACAGGCACAUUGUUAUAAAUAGUUAAGCUAACAGGUGGACUUUUUCAUACCAGACUGUUUUGAAGAGAAAUGCCACUCGUGAAUAUUGGUUGCCAACAAUCACUGACAUUAAAAAAACUCCUUAACAGGGCUAAGUGUAAGCAAAGGUGGGAUCUUGCUGAUAAAAAACUUGGGACCUUUCUCUGUGAAACUGUAUGAUCUUCUAACAAUGUAAAAUAUAUCAAGAGUAAAUUCCUGGGGCCAUUUUUCUCAUCAUCAUUUGCCUCUAUACCAAAAAAACCCCAACACCCAAACAAAAAAAUAAACACUCCCAAAAAACCCACAAAGCAAAAUCAGAGAUGUAUAUCCUUCAGUGUACCCUACUGAAAUGUAACCUAGGGAACUAUGUUCUCCCAUUUGGGCAGGGAAGUAAUGGAGGGGAGAGGGUCAGCCCAGGAAAAUCCAGUGUUUUUAGCAUCUCUUGCUUUGAGGACAAGUAAAAUUGCUUGGAACAGGCAGUUUCUUGCUGAGGGAGGGAAGAGAAACAAGUGAACAAAACUUGCCCCCACUGAAUAAAGUGAGAGUUUUGACACUGCUUUCAGUAAAACUGAAAUUCACCUGAACUGUCAAGCUAAUUUUGUGUGGAUACUGUGCAAGGUGGAGUAGGCAGAAAGGAUAAACAUAACAUUAUCUGCCAGUUGACCAAGGUUUUGAAUAUAAACACUUGCUUUCGACAAAACAGCUCUUAUUUUUCUGACUGUAUUUGAGAGCAAGUGAAUGUGCAGGUUGAUUUGGUUUUAUUCACAUAACCAUACUGAGAAAGUGAAGAACAGUCUGUAUGAAUUUCUUCUUUAAAAAGCAUCUGCUUGCUAAUCUAUUCAUCAUUUUUUCUUAGUGCCUGCUUGAUGGUUGAACUAGUGCAGGUAAGCAGAAGAAAGAAGAGGGUAAGACUGCCUUCAAAGACAGGGGACAUCUGACUGAAAAACAAUUUCUUUUUCUCAAGAAUGCUUGGACUUCCUUGCUUCGCUGGAUCCAGUGAGAGCACUUUUUCCUGUCUCUAACAUCCCCACAAAAAAAUAGAACAUCAUAGACACUUUAUUUUAGGGGGGUUUUUUUGGUGGGCAUUGUUGCUCUUUCCAAGUAUCCUUUAUACUGCUGAGGAGAAUGGUGUUACAAAAUAGCAGCAAAUCAUUCACCCUAGUUUACCUGCUCGAAGUGUAGUGGGUUUUGAGAAGCCAUGGGUGAAUAAUUUCAAACCAGGAGUGCAAUUGUUCAAGAUAUGUGGGUGGGUGCAGAGGCCCCUUGUGAGGAUGGAUGCCCAAGGAGGCUUUUCUGUUGUCAUUGUCGUGGCAACAGCAGUUGCUGUCCAGGUACAUUGAUCAGCCGCUCUCCAAGGAGGCACUGAACAAUUCAAAAAGCUGGACCCUUUGAACCUUUAGCAGCAGCUAAAUUUCAAUUGUCAGGUAUAUUAAUCCAGGAGCACUUCUGGCAGCAGGUGGUUUUCUUCUAAACAAUGAAGUGCAAUGCUUUGGAUCAAAGGCUACAGGAGGCAAACAUUGUACAAUUGCAUUAGAGGAACUCACUGAGCAUUUGGCUGCUGUUUAAAAAUUUGGUUAGUGCUUUGUGUUGUUAACAUGUUGUCUAUAUAUCCUUGGGAAAUCUGAUCUAUGAAUUGAGUGGUUCUUUGCAAGCUAGUGAACUUAAAGCUGCAGUGAGCAAAGAGAAUAAAAACCAGAGCUGCAA